CCGACAUCGAAACUGAACUUCAUCUCGACUCUCCCCUGAACCCACUUUAACCACACUUCAAAACGAAAGCUAUUCAUAUUCAACUUUAGUACUUGCGCCUUCUUUCUUUAUUCAAAAUAAUUACAUUAUUGACCAACCACAGCGACAGCACCUCCGUCACGCCUCUCCCGAGCCGUGACCUCUUCAUCCGCGACAAGACCACUGAGCAACCAAUCGACCGACCGACUGAACUCCCUGCUCCGUGGACCAACCAUCCAUCCAUCGAUGGCGCCGCAAAAAGCAGUCUCUCUUCCCGUAAUACCCCUCGCACGCGGUACUGUCCUUCUUCCCGGCAUUACCCAGCGCAUCCCCGUCUCUGCCUCCCGCCCCGACAUCCCAGCUCUUCUCGCCAACGUCUACACUCGCGCCGCAUCGGCUGGCCCCAACGAGCGCGUCGACAAUGUCCCCAUAGCCUGCGUCCCCGUCGCCUCGCCCUUCGUUGGCACCAACGGCCAGCUGCUCAUCAACAACGGCGAGCCCAUAGACGAGUCCCAGAUUAAGCACGUAGACCCGGCUACCGCGACCAAGGCCGACCUCUACAACUAUGGCGUCGCCGCUCGUAUCACCGGCAUCGAAGGCCGCGGUACUGCCGAGUUUGCCCUACGCGUCGAGGGCGUUUCGAGGGUCCGUGUCGAGAAGAUCACCCAGGAGCGUCCGUAUUUCGAGGCGAAAGUGAAGCACUUCCCUGAACAAGUCGCGAUGGAUCAGCAGGUCCAAGAACUGUUCUCGCUUCUCAAGCUCCGGUCCCGCGAACUGGUACUCGCCCUGCGCGUUUCGUCCCUCCUUCCCGUGCCCCGCUCCGCCGAGAAUCCCGGAAUCUCUCCCCUCCUCAUCCGACGACUCGAGACGUUCAUCAUGAAAAAGGAAGUUCAGGAUGCGAGUUCUCUCGCCGACUUCAUGGCCAACCUCGUUGAGGCAUCCUAUGAACAGAAACUCGAGGUCCUCGCUGCUCUUGACGUCAAAGUCCGCCUCGCGAAGGUCAUUGAGCUGCUAGAUCGGCAAGUCGGGGGAAUCAGGAACAACUUCAAAAUCACGUCCAUCACGACCGUACCUAUCCAAGUGCUGGAUAAGCUGCCACAAUUCAGGCAACGGUCUCGUCCCAAUGGCGUCCCCUUGCCCGCCAACGGCUUUUUCCCACCCGGCGCCUCCAACGGUAUGGGCGCCGAACAGGACGACGACCAGGAGCCGAACGAGCUAGACGAGCUGCGCAAGAAGAUCGACGCUGCCAGGCUCCCUCCAGAAGCUGCCAAGCUGGCGGACAGGGAGCUUCGGCGGCUCAAGAAGGUGAUGCCAGGGAAUCAGGAAUACCAGGUCACGAGGACCUGGCUCGACGUUCUCGCGGAAAUCCCCUGGUCCGCGGUGACCGAGGACCGCCUGGGACCCGAUACACUGGUCAGGGCCCGGAAGCAGCUAGACCAAGACCAUUACGGCUUGGACAAGGUCAAGAAGAGACUCGUGGAGUACCUUGCGGUUCUGAGGCUCAAGCAAUCCGUCAACGACGAAGUCGACGAGCAGAUCAAGAAGGUUGAGGAGGAAGCUGCCGCUACCCCAGACGCCCACGAAAACGAAGCCGCCGAAGACUCCCCUGUCUCCCCUGAUCAGCGGACAUCGGCGGGCGACAAGUCCAAUUCCCUUGUCAAGUUAGAGGCCCUCAAGUCUCGUCGCAUGACCGACAAGUCACCCAUCAUGCUCCUUGUGGGUCCACCAGGCGUCGGAAAGACAAGUCUGGCCAAGUCAAUAGCAACCGCGCUCGGCAGGAAGUUUCACAGGAUUUCCCUGGGCGGUGUGCGAGACGAAGCCGAGAUUCGCGGCCAUCGCCGAACCUACGUAGCUGCUAUGCCCGGGCUGAUUGUGCAGGGCCUGCGGAAGGUCGGGGUGGCGAAUCCGGUCUUCCUCCUGGACGAGAUUGACAAGCUGGGCAUGUCCAACAUGCACGGUGAUCCGUCGGCGGCCAUGCUCGAGGUGUUGGACCCGGAGCAGAACAGCACGUUCACCGACCACUACGUCAGCAUGCCCAUCGACCUGAGCAAAGUCCUCUUCAUUGCGACGGCCAAUAGUCUCGAUACCAUCCCGGCGCCGCUUCUAGAUCGCAUGGAGACCAUCUACCUACCAGGUUACACCACACUUGAGAAACGACACAUUGCCAUGCAGCACCUCGUGCCCAAGCAGGUCCGGGUCAACGGCCUCUCCGAGGACCAGAUCACCUUCAGCCCGGAAGUCGUGUCCAAGAUCAUCGAGUCUUACACGCGGGAGUCGGGGGUCCGGAACCUGGAACGCGAGAUAGGUUCCGUCUGCCGUGCCAAGGCGGUCGAGUUCGCCGAGGCCAAAGAUGGCGGACAACUCGAGUCGUACAGGCCGCAGUUGACGGUGGACGACGUUGAAGCGAUCCUGGGCAUCGAGAAGUUCGAGGAAGAAAUCGCCGAGAAGACCAGCCGUCCGGGUAUAGUCACCGGCUUGGUCGCCUACAGCUCUGGUGGGAACGGGAGCAUCCUCUUCAUUGAAGUGGCCGACAUGCCCGGCGACGGCCGUCUGCAGCUUACCGGGAAGCUGGGCGACGUGCUCAAGGAGAGCGUUGAGGUGGCUCUCACUUGGGUCAAAGCCCACGCCUUCGAGCUCGGCUUGACUUCGGAACCUUCCGUCAACAUCAUGAAGGACCGGAGCAUCCACGUACAUUGCCCGUCUGGUUCGAUUCCCAAGGAUGGUCCUAGCAGCGGUAUCGCCCAGGCUAUCGCUUUGAUUUCUCUCUUUUCUGGCAAGCCUGUGCCCCCUACUAUGGCCAUGACCGGCGAAAUUUCUCUCCGUGGUCGGGUCACUGCUGUUGGUGGCAUUAAGGAGAAGCUCAUCGGCGCCAUGCGGGCAGGAGUCAAAACUGUGCUGCUGCCGGCGCAAAAUCGCAAGGACGUCAGGGACCUUCCCCAGGAGGUUAAGGACGGGCUUGAGAUCCUCCACGUCAGUCACAUCUGGGAGGCCGUCCGGCUCGUCUGGCCCGAUUCACAGUGGCCAGGCCUGGAACAUUAUGUGGCGAUCGAAAGUCGCCUAUGAGAGAACGUCACAGGCGCUUUUGCCCUUGUCUCUUUUUCAAAGCCCGUGGUUCCCAGUAUUGGCAAUUUGAAAAAGUCAAUAACAGGCAGAUACGGAAGAAGUUGUAGGGGCGGCGUUUAGUUGCCAAGCAUCUCGUCAGGCAGUGUCAUUUUCUUCUUUUUGCCUCUGUCAACUAGAACAAGGCGCUUCCAUUUGAAUGGCGUCGAGAUGUUGUGGUCAAGGAUUAGUCUCUUCUUCCUGCACUCCAUCCCUGUGUACGUAAUUGUCUUAUAUCAUCGGCACAUAUGUUUUCAGCGGCAGUCUGUCAAACUCGACCAAUCCCUGGCUUCACAAUCCAACCAAG